AUGACGUCCAACCCUCCCCAUGUCGCGACGCAGAGCGGCGGCCUCGCAGCCAAGCAGGCCGCAGCGGCGGCCGCCGCGCGCUUCGCCGGCUACUCGUCCUUCUACGCGUCGCCUUCGGGCCCCGGCCACCACCAGCAGCAGCAGUUCUUCCCCGGCCAGUCGCCCACUGGGCCGCCGCCGCCUCGCCCCGGCAUGUUCAACGGCCCCAGAGGGCCCCCGCCCCCGCGGCCUCCGCACCUCGCCAACGGUUUUGCUCGGCCACCGCUGCCGCAGUUCGCCUUUAACGGGCGCGGCCCGCCGCCGAUGAUGCGGCCGCCGCCUCGUCCAGCUCCAGGCCAGGCGCCCCCGUCGUCCUCGCCGCCCUCGGCGUCCCAGUGGCAGUGGAGCAACGGCGGCAGCAGCAGAGGGCCCCCUCCCAGGAACUUCGGCCCGCCGCCUGCGGCCUUCUCAGCUGCGCCGAAGCCCGCGGCCCCGGCUGCGGCUUCGCCCAUGGGAGGUAACGCCAAGUGGCCCGACGCGCUCCACGACUACGUGAAGCGCGCGUUUGCGCGCUGCAAGGGCGCGGCGGACCAGAGCAUUACCCAGAACUCGUUGAAGGAGAUGAUCACGAACGCCAUCAUGACCAACAGUCUGUGGACGAAGAACUGGACGGCGGAACCGCUGCCGGUGCUGGUUGGAGACACGCCGGCGGCGGCCAUGCAGGCCAAGGUGGGCAUGGGUGGGCCCAUGCCGGGAGCGGCCAAUAGGUUCGCUGCGCCUUCGCCUAGUAACGGCAGUUUCCAGUCGAACCGGGGGUUUGUUCCGUUCAAAGAGCCUUCGGCCAAGAAGAACAAGGCGAACAAGCGCAAACACGACGGCUUCGAGAUCGAGGCUGCGGACGUGCAGCGCAAGAAUCAGAGGAAACAGCGGUUCCACAUGACGCAGCAGGAACUCAAGAGCCUAGUGACGCCCGAGGUGGAUACGAAGAAGCUGCAGGUGCUGACGCAGGACGGAGACCUGGACCUCGCCGCCAUGGUCAUCAAAGGUACUAGUCAGACGGUUGAAAAGGAAUACUUGCGAUUAACCUCUCCCCCGCAUCCGUCGACGGUGCGACCCGAGCCGGUGCUGCACAAGGCGCUGGAACUCGUCAAGUCGAAGUGGAAGAAGGGUGAUCACGAUUAUAUUUAUGCCUGUAGCCAGCUCAAGUCCAUUCGCCAGGAUUGCACAGUCCAGCAUAUCAAGAACGAGUUCACGGUCGCUGUGUACGAGACCCACGCGCGGGUAGCACUCGAGUCCGGCGAUAUCAACGAGUUCAACCAGUGCCAGACGCAGCUCCACGAGCUGUACGAGAAGCUCAUCCCAGGCGAGGCCAUCGAGUUCCUCGCGUACCGCAUCUUGUAUUGUGUCUACGUGUCUCUGCAAGCCAAGAAGGGCGACUCGAAUGCGGGACAGCUUGGCAUGUACCACGUGCUGGGCAUGGUGACGGCCAAGCUGCGUGCCGACCCGGCGAUCGCCCAUGCGCUGGCAGUGCGCCAGGCGGUUGCUAUGAAUGAUUACCAUCGUUUUUUCAAACUUUAUGUAGAUGCUCCGAAUAUGGCAGGUUACCUGAUGGACGUAAUGGUCCCCGCGAUCCGGCUUAGCGCUCUUCGAGCCAUGUGCAAAGCGUAUCGACCAACUCUCCCUGUGCAGUACAUUCGCGAUGAGCUCAAGCUCGAAGGCAGGGCAGGAAAAGCGUUCAUCCGCCAGUCUGGCCUCGCGUUUGUGAAGGGGGACAAAACACGCGUCGACACGAAGGCCUCGAACAUCGUCUGGGUGCUGAGCAAUGAGUCGUCGCUUAUUUAG